AUGACUGAGGCAUUUCCAACUUUCAACCUUGAGGACAAGGUUGCUGCUAAAGGGGAAGGUAUUGUCACAAAUGCAAAUGAGCUAAGAGUAGAUAUGGGAAAUGACAAGAAUACUGAGGCUGGUGCAUCACCAAGUGGACAGGUGGCAGCGAAUUCGUUGGUUGCGGGAGUGCGAAAGAGUGAGAGGAUCAAAAUAACGAACUCACGUUGGAAGGACUAUGUGUGA